AUGAAAAUCGCUGUCGUCUUGUCUGUCGUGGCCGUCGCCGUGGCCACCCAGGAUAAAAUAUGGCCCAGCGUAUUUCGAUCGCUCGAGCGAACGUCCACCGCUUCUGUGGCUGUGACCGUUGAUGAUUUGAACGUGCAAAAGGACCCUACCGUGUUCGACUGGGCCAAAUGCAAUGGCCUUGAAAAUGAACUUGUACUUCUUUGCAACGACUUGAUCAAGGCAGAAAUCAAAAGCCUCGCUGCGUUGCCAGGCGUCCAAAAGAUCACGACUAUCGCAGACAGCUCCCCCAAGUGCCGCCCCAAAAUCACCUCGAAACCUAUUACCACCGAGGCUACCCCUACCACUACCGAGGCUGCCCCUACCACUACCGAGGCUACCCCUAUCACCACCGAGGCUGUGCCAGACAUCAGCACUCCUUGCCCUUCCAACCACACCCCCAAGCCAGUCACCACGGAGGCUACCCCUAUCACCACCGAGGAGGCUACCCCUAUCACCACCGAGGCUACCCCUGUCACCACUGAGGAGGCUACCCCAAUCAACACCGAGGCUGCUACCCCUAUCACCACCGAGGAGGUUACCCCUAUCACCACCGAAGCUACCCCUGUCACCACUGAGGAAGCUACACCUAUUACCACCGAGGCUGUGCCGAACAUCAGCACUCCCUGCCCUUCCAACCUUACGCCCAAGCCUGUCCUCACGGACGCUACCCCUAUCACCACCGAAGAGGCUACUCCAAUUACCACCGAAGCUACCCCUGUCACCACUGAGGAAGCUACCCCUAUCACCACCGAAGCUACCCCUGUCACCACUGAGGAAGCUACACCUAUUACCACCGAGGCUGUGCCGAACAUCAGCACUCCCUGCCCUUCCAACCUUACGCCCAAGCCUGUCCUCACGGACGCUACCCCUAUCACCACCGAAGAGGCUACUCCAAUUACCACCGAAGCUACCCCUGUCACCACUGAGGAAGCUACCCCUAUCACCACCGAGGAGGCUACCCCUAUCACCACCGAGGAGGCUACCCCUGUCACCACUGAGGAGGCUACCCCUGUCACCACCGAGGCUGUACCGGACAUCAGCACUCCUUGCCCUUCCAACGUCACGCCUAAGCCUGUCAUCACGGAGGCUACCCCUAUCACCACCGAAGCUACCCCUAUCACCACUGAGGAGGCUACACCUAUCACCACCGAGGAGGCUACCCCUAUUACCACUGAGGAGGCUACCCCUGUCACCACUGAGGAGGCUACACCUAUCACCACCGAGGCUGUGCCGGACAUCAGCACUCCUUGCCCUUCCAACGUCACGCCCAAGCCUGUCACCACUGAGGAAGCUACCCCUAUCACCACUGAAGCUACCCCUGUCACCACUGAGGAGGCUACCCCUAUCACCACUGAGGAGGCUACCCCUAUCACCACCGAAUCUACCCCUGUCACCACUGAGGAGGCUACACCUAUCACCACCGAGGCUGUGCCGGACAUCAGCACUCCUUGCCCUUCCAACGUCACGCCCAAGCCUGUCACCACUGAGGAAGCUACCCCUAUCACCACUGAAGCUACCCCUGUCACCACUGAGGAGGCUACCCCUAUCACCACUGAGGAGGCUACCCCUAUCACCACCGAAUCUACCCCUGAGGCUACCCCUAUCACCACCGAGGAGGCUACCCCUAUCACCACCGAGGCUACCCCUGUCACCACCGAGGAGGCUACCCCUGUCGCCACCGAGGAGGCUACCCCUAUCACCACCGAGGAGGCUACCCCUAUCACCACUGAGGAGGCAACCCCUAUCACCACCGAGGCUGUGCCGGACAUCAGCACUCCUUGCCCUUCCAACGUCACGCCCAAGCCAGUCAUCACGGAGGCUACCCCUAUCACCACCGAGGAGGCUACCCCUAUCACCACCGAGGCUACCCCUGUCACCACCGAGGAGGCUACCCCUGUCGCCACCGAGGAGGCUACCCCUAUCACCACCGAGGAGGCUACCCCUAUCACCACUGAGGAGGCAACCCCUAUCACCACCGAGGCUGUGCCGGACAUCAGCACUCCUUGCCCUUCCAACGUCACGCCCAAGCCUGUCACCACUGAGGAAGCUACCCCUAUCACCACUGAAGCUACCCCUGUCACCACUGAGGAGGCUACCCCUAUCACCACUGAGGAGGCUACCCCUAUCACCACCGAAUCUACCCCUGUCACCACUGAGGAGGCUACACCUAUCACCACCGAGGCUGUGCCGGACAUCAGCACUCCUUGCCCUUCCAACGUCACGCCCAAGCCUGUCACCACUGAGGAAGCUACCCCUAUCACCACUGAAGCUACCCCUGUCACCACUGAGGAGGCUACCCCUAUCACCACUGAGGAGGCUACCCCUAUCACCACCGAAUCUACCCCUGUCACCACUGAGGAGGCUACACCUAUCACCACCGAGGCUGUGCCGGACAUCAGCACUCCUUGCCCUUCCAACGUCACGCCUAAGCCUGUCACCACUGAGGAGGCUACCCCUAUCACCACUGAAGCUACCCCUGUCACCACUGAGGAGGCUACCCCUAUCACCACUGAGGAGGCUACCCCUAUCACCACCGAGGCUACCCCUGUGACCACUGAGGAGGCUACCCCUAACACCACCGAGGUUGUGCCGGACAUCAGCACUCCUUGCCCUUCCAACCUUACGCACAAGCCUGUCACCACGGAUUCUACCCCUAUCACCACCGAGGAGGCUACCCCUAUCACAACCGAGGAGGCUACUCCUAUCACAACCGAGGCUACCCCUGUUACCACUGAGGAGGCUACCCCUAUCACCACCGAGGAGGCUACCCCUAUCACCACCGAGGCUACCCCUGUUACCACUGAGGAGGCUACUCCUAUCACCACCGAGGAGGCUACCCCUGUCACCACUGAGGAGGCUACCCCUAUCACCACCGAGGCUGUGCCGGACAUCAGCACUCCUUGCCCUUCCAACGUCACGCCCAAGCCUGUCACCACUGAGGAAGCUACCCCUAUCACCACUGAAGCUACCCCUGUCACCACUGAGGAGGCUACCCCUAUCACCACUGAGGAGGCUACCCCUAUCACCACCGAGGCUACCCCUGUGACCACUGAGGAGGCUACCCCUAACACCACCGAGGUUGUGCCGGACAUCAGCACUCCUUGCCCUUCCAACCUUACGCACAAGCCUGUCACCACGGAUUCUACCCCUAUCACCACCGAGGAGGCUACCCCUAUCACAACCGAGGAGGCUACUCCUAUCACAACCGAGGCUACCCCUGUUACCACUGAGGAGGCUACCCCUAUCACCACCGAGGAGGCUACCCCUAUCACCACCGAGGAGGCUACCCCUGUCACCACUGAGGAGGCUACCCCUAUCACCACCGAAGCUACCCCUGUCACCACUGAGGAGGCUACCCCUAUCACCACCGAGGAGGCUACCCCUAUCACCACCGAGGAGGCUACCCCUAUUACCACCGAGGCUACCCCUGUCACCACAGAGGAAGCUACCCCUAUCACCACCGAGGCUGUGCCGGACGUCAGCACUCCUUGCCCUUCCAACCACACCCUCAAGCCUGUCACCACGGAGGCUACCCCUAUCACCACCGAGGAGGCUGCCCCUAUCACCACCGAGGCUACCCCUAUCACCACCGAGGCUACCCCUAUCACCACCGAGGAGGCUACCCCUAUUUCCACGGAGGCUACCCCUAUCACUACCGAGGCUGCGCCUACCACUACCGAUGCUGUCCCUCAGCUUAGUGUGUGUGAAAAGCCUGUGGAUGGCGUGGAUUACUACGGCCAUGACAUUAAGUUUACCCAACGCUCCAACAGCGACGAUUGCUGCGACGACUGUGCCAACACCCCUGGAUGCGUUCUGUACGUGUGGACCCCUUGGAACGAAGGCACGUGCUUCUUGAAGUGGCAGGCUGGCAAGUCUGCUCCUUACUGGGGCGCUAAGGCCGCCAAGGUCACCAAGUCUGUUGGUUCGUGCCAAGCUGCCCAAGCCAACGUGGACUACAACGGCAACGACAUCGCACGUAUUUCUGGCAACAAGGACGACUGCUGCGGGUUGUGCUUGACGGCGGACAACUGCAAGGGUUACUCGCACUACCAAGGUUAUUGCUACCUCAAGGGCGAACUCGGCUACCCUUCUGCCAAGGAAGGCGUCACUUCUGGCAUCCGUAACUAA